GUGUUUUUUCAUCAGUCUCAUCAUGAAUGUCCGUCGGGUCGGCAGCACUUUGAUUCUUCUGUUAUCAGUUACAGGAGCAGCGCUGGUUGCCGGGGACGACGGCUGGUACACAAAGGUGCAGGCGGAGGUCCGAGCCGUGGAAGGCUACCCGGUGGUGCUGCCCUGCACCUUCAGCCACACGCAGCACCACCAGCACUCCACACUUCAAGUGCUGUGGCGUCUCGGCCACGGCCAUGGCGCCGCCGUCCUGUACCGCUGCCUCAGCGGGCCGGGGGCCUCCGUCUGUGAGCCCGACCCCCAACAGGAUCGGCGCUACCGCCUCGAGGGAAACCCGAGGGAGCACGACCUGUCGCUGCGGAUCAACGCCGCCGCCCUGCAGGACAGCGGUCGCUACUACUGCCGAGUGGAGGUCCAGGGACGGGACCGGGUCGGCUUCGAGGACAAGAUGGGAACCCGGCUGAGGGUGGAGGCUCCUCCCAGGAUCCUGUCCCUGUCGGUGGAGGGCGGCGUGGGGUCCGGGUACCGGGCCCUGUGUCGCGUCCGGGGUUCUCCACCACCGGACGUCCAGUGGCUCGGCCAGGACGACCCCCUGGACGGUUCCUCGGUAGUUCCACCGGCUCAGGGCUUGGAGGACCACUUCCUCACCGUCAGCCAGCUGAGGGAGGUGGAGCCGGGCCGGCGUUACACCUGCAGCGCCUCCAACCCACUGGGCAAGGAGCAGGCCGCCCUCUACGUCCUGCCCCCUCAACCCCUCCUCUUUGUGGGUGGGGCGCCGCUUCCUCUGGUCCUCCUCCUGUCCUUGUCCAUGGGGACCAAGCUCCUCCUCCUUGUGGGAGUGGGGGUGUCGAUGAUGAAGGGAGGAGCUCUGCAAGGAGUUGGCUUGCAGAGUUGAGAAUAUUUUAACACAUCACUAAAUUAUCAUUUUUGUUUUUUUCAUGUAUUCCUUAACAUCUAACAAGUUCCUCUUUAAACAAUGAAUAUGGGAACAAAUGUUUUCUUUUGAGAUGUGAAAUAAAUUUUCUUGUGACAGAAUAAAAUAUUGAUGUA